CAGAAAAUUGAUAAAGGGUUGAAAACGCGGAAUAAAUAAUUUUCAUUUUAAACUUAAUUUUAAUUAUAGCGAUUUUGGAUCGCUGCCUCUGCAUUUAUUACCGUGUAAAUGUUAUUCUCCAGGUUACUCGGCAGUGUACUAUUGAUGCGUGUGGCCAACGUACUGGGGAACGCGACAAUGACGACGACAGUGCAGCCAUGCAGUACUACAGGCAAAUUACGGUACCUAUCUCAAGUGGAGGCUGUAGCCCUGGAUGAGGAGUUAUUCAAUGAGUACAAAUAUAGUGUAGAUCAGCUCAUGGAACUGGCUGGUCUGAGCGUCGCUACUGCUAUUGCUCGUGUUUAUCCCUCUAAGUUUUAUGAUAGAGCUUUAAUAAUCUGCGGUCCAGGAAAUAAUGGAGGAGAUGGAUUAGUUGCAGCCCGACACAUGGUUCUAUUUGGAUAUACUGUAUUCGUGUAUUAUCCCAAACGUACACCAAAACCACUUUAUGAAAACCUCUUGGAACAAGCAAGAAGAUUUGGUGUACGUAUCUUGGAAGAGUUACCAAGUGAUCCUGGUGAAUUGAGAAGCUUUUACACAAUAUUAGUUGAUGCUUUAUUUGGAUUCAGUUUUAAACCACCUGUUAGAAAGGAACUAGAGCCUGCUAUGCAUGCCUUAAUCCGAUCUGGGAUACCAGUUAUCAGUGUGGAUGUUCCCAGUGGAUGGGACGUAGAGAAAGGUCCAAUAUCACCAGAGUCAUUGCAACCUGCAAUGCUCAUAUCUCUGUCAGCUCCGAAAAUGUGUGCCCGGCCAAACUUACUUUGUGAAGCUAAACAUUUUCUUGGUGGAAGAUUUUUGCCGCCAGAAAUUAUUACCAAGUACAAGCUGAACUUGUUGCCACCAUACCCUAAUCAAGACCAAAUUGUGCAACUUUCCUGUUAAACAAUGUUUAUAUGCAUAUGUAAUUGUUUUUAAUGGUAAUUUUUGGUACUAUUUGUGGUUCUUUUUAAAGUGACUGGAAUAAAUUGUAAAUAUUAACACAUUAGGAGUAAACUUGUGG